GCCACCACACACUGAGCCUCCGUCACCUACCGCCAUUUCGGGUCAGUGAUAAAGCAAGACGACACUCUCAACAUCGUAUAUUUUACAGUUGCUAUCUGCUAGAAGGAAGAAGCAGACACAGCAGCACUGUGCAGAAGAUCAUGCUGACGGUGAUGACGGUACAGUUGUUGGUGGCUACCGUGUGUAUCAUCUCAUUAAGACUGGCCUCGGCUAGUGAAGUGGCUGUUGCCGACACCUAUACCAAAGAUGGUGAAGGCUCGCAACAAGUGUCUCCGUGGGUGUUGCCUCAGUGGUGGUGGCUAAGCUCUGUUCUUUCUCUUCCCCAGCGCCCGCCAAGCCAAGGUCACGCCAAAAACUUUAACACGGAAAUUAAUCUGGGUAUAUUCAACCAGGCCGCGGUGGAGGACUCAGCGAUGCCGCUGGAGCCCCCAAGUGAGAAGGUAAAAUAUGAAGAGUCAAAGGAUGUACACACUACUGUAAGUGAGUUGAACAAGCGCUCACGGCUGUGCAAAUCAUCAGGUAACAACAGAUGUCACCGUGGAGUAGCUAACAUGAUUCCCGCGUCUGAGGUCAAGCAGAGUUGGAAAAAUGAUUACUUGUCGGUGCCUGAAGCACUCGUCCAGUUUUCCCAGGAGCACUCAGAGGAGACAGUGUGUAAGGAUUUGUCUGUCCAGCUGUUCCGUGUUGACCUGUCGGAGGACUACCUGGAGCCACUGUGGGUGCGGGGAACGGUCCAUCUGGGGAUGUGUCCCUCCAAACUGCAGACGCGGCAUCUGGGAGAGAAUGUUUGGCCCCCGAACUUGGUGGAGACCAAGUGUCUGUGCCAGGGUGAGACUUGCUCCAACUUGGGGGGUGACUUUCGGUGCCAGGCAGUGCGGCGGCCCAUCAGGAUGUGGGUGCGACACUUAGACCAGUUUAUACCCACUCAGGAGAUGGUAUCGGUUGGGUGUGUGUGUGUUCAGCGCAUCAGCCCAGGGGGUAACUCCGCCAAUCCUUCGCUCCAAUCUUAAUUAUGACACUCCAAGCACUCCUCCCCCCCCCCCAUACCCGCCUAGGGAUCAAUUUGUCUGGGUUUCCUGAGCGUCCAAACAGGAACAAAUAAAGCAGUCGCCUCACAACCACAGUUCUGUACCACGAUCACAGACUAGCAACACUCAUCAAAUUCAACUCCAAAACCAUUGCUCCAGUUUACAGAAAUAUCAACAUACUUUCGACAUUAACAACCUUCAUCAAAAGGACGCCAAUCUCGUAAUGCGUUACCACUCUUAUCCAGAGUCCCGGGCAUCGAGGCAAUUGGACUCUGGUGCCCGGAGUCCCGGGCAUCACUGCCCUGCCCUGCUUCGAGGAGCAGGACAGCCGUAGCCACCAAUAUGGACUGACGACGCUACCAAUGUUACUGUGCCAUCCCGGGGGUCAAUACGUAACAAGAAUCCAUUAAGGCCUUUUUACCGAUAAUGUGGCACAAGACAGUGGUGUCGACCAUACUCGGUCACCAAGUUACA